CUAUGCUUAUGUCUAAAGUUUGUUUUGUUUUGUACUACCAAUGUUUUUUAAAUUUCAUUACAAUAUUUUAUUCAUUAUUAAACGCGAUUUUUUUUUACACGAAAGGGAUAUCAAUAACUGUUAAUUAAAAUUUAUAUGUAUUUAAUAUAAUUUAAAAUAACGGUUGACAUGUAUAACUAAGUAGAAUUAAAAAGUUUCUGUGAUUAUCUGCUAGUUUAAUAAUUUAUAAAAAUAUCCUUUAGUAACUGGAUGUAACUUUUUACAUUGUAGAACAUGUUCGAAUCCGAUGACUUUGAUCAGAUAUUAUCUCAAUUUGAUAUAGAUGAUAUUCAAAGGGAUGAUUCUGUAGUAAAAUCUGAGUCAUUAAUAAAAAGUAUAGCUUCUAAUAUUGAAGUUACACAUAAUGCUAAAGUAGUUUCAAAAAACUAUCCAGAAAAACAGAAAGAAAGUGUUGAAUUAAUUUCUGACACAAGCAUAAAUGAUAAUAUUAAAGAAAAUCUUAGUUUGAUGUCACAUAAACAUUCAAAACGGAAAAUUAUUGAUUCACAUUUUGAUUAUAAAACAAAGAGAAAAUUUCCUGGUCCAGCUGGUAUGUUAACAGGUAGUCUUCAAGUGGACAAGGAUGAAUCUGUGUCUCAUAUAGAACUCCUCUCGCAGGAUAUAGAUUAUUCACAGAACAACAUUAAGAAGGAGGUAUUUGAAUCACCACUAUGGCUUAGACUUGUAGAAGAUAUUAGAAAGUGGAAUCUGCAUGAUGUGGACCCAAUAAUAACUAUAAAACAACAAGCUGUUGCUGGUAACCUUCGACGGAGGAAAGCACAAACAGUUACCGCAUUUGUAGAGUGUGUAGAUAGAUCUGUGAUAGAUCCACUUAUAAUAUUGAGAGAUACAACAGGUAACAUCAAAUGUACUCUUCACAGAGAUGCAUGGUCUACUUUCUCUCCUUAUAUUGUCUCAGAACAUUGUGCACUCGUGUUAUGGAAACCUACAGUGCUCACAACAGGAAGUGCUUUCAAGAAACAUUAUUUAAAUAUCACAUUGAGUAAUAUUUAUGCCAUAUUUAGUUCAGCAAUUCUACAGAAUGAUGAUGAAAAAUCACUUCCAGAUGGAUUUGUUAAAGUCUAUGAAGACCUAUUUACUAUAAUUAAGAUUGAUAAAACUCCUCAAAAUUUAGACGCUAAUUUUAUUUCUAAAUCUGGUACAACAACUAAUGAUGAUUUAUUUGAUGGUUUAGACAGUGUAUUUUUAGAUGAAAUAUUUUAAAAUAUUUCUAAAGAUGUGAUUGAACAUUGCCAAGGUUAAUUAAAAAUUAUAAGUAUUACAACUAUCAAGAUUGUUUUAUUAAAUGAUAUUAUUGUUAAAUAGUGGGCUUAAUUUAUUAUUGCAUAAUAUUAAAUAAAUAGACAUCCCCUCUAGACAAGUGGUAAAGGAAUGCAUCGAUAUUAAUAUUAAAUUCCUAUAUGUAAGUUG